AUGGCAAAGAGGCAGGCAGUAGAGGCACUCGAUAGAACAAUGCAAGACAUCACUGGGGUGAGACUUCCAUUUGUUGGGAAAAUAAUGAUUAUGGGAGGUGAUUUUAGACAGGUAUUGCCAGUAAUGAGACAUGGCACUCGAGCACAGAUCGUAGAUUCAAGCUUACGGAUGUCACCUAUUUGGUCUUCGAUUAAAAAGUUGCGGUUAACGAUCAAUAUGAGAGCACUUACUGAUCCAUGGUUUUCGGAUUUUCUGUUACGUGUCGGUGAUGGAGAUGAAGAAUCAGUAGACGGAAACUUUAUUCGCAUACCUGAUGACAUGGCCAUUCCUUACACAAAUAAAAAUGAAUCGAAGGAUGCUUUGAUUGAUGCAAUCUUUCCUUCUCUUCAAACAUGCGAGACUGCUUCAAAUUAUAUCAUUUCGAGGGCGAUACUAACAACAAAAAAUGAGCAUGUCGACGAGAUUAAUGAUCAGUUGAUUGAAAGAUUCUGUGGAGAGGAAUAA